AUGCCCUUAAGCUUUAGGAAGAUCAAGUCGUCCAUUUUCCCCGAACGUUUACCAGUAUUUGCUGCCGCUAAAACUCAUCAUGUGACGGACGAGGUAGCCCGUCAAGCUCCUUAUCGGGCCCUUAACUCGUCCAAAACUUUUUCAGAUAAGGAUGUACCCACUGAUCACUCUGGAUCGUCAGCAUCGCACGAGGUAGCAUCCUUCAGAACACCAAAUGUAUUUGAUAAAAUCACCAAACUUGCCGGAUCAAGGAUAACUUUUUUAUCAAUCCUUAUCAUGAUACUGAUAUGGCUGGUGCUUGGUCUUGUCUUUGGCAUGGGCGAUACGUGGCAAAUCGUGUUCCAAAACGCAAGUUCUAUCCAGGUAUACGUAACCGACAUCCUACUCAUUAGGCAGCAACAAAACGCUAGUCGUGCUCUAAUGGGCACUAUUGCGGAACUUCAAUCGCGAGGAAAGACUUUUGUACGACUAUUUCCGCACAUACCUGAGAGCAAGUAUAUAAAUACAUCACUUGAAGAAACACAGCAAAUAAAUAGUCACGUGAAGGACUUCAAUGAGAAAUAUAAUGAGAGCGAGCAUAUAGAUACUGCUAAACCUUCUCGCUAUGAUUAUGUUUGGAUCAAGAGUUGUCAAGCUGUAGCCAAAGUACUCGGAUCAGUUUGGGCCUACAUCUUGUACUGGAUUGGAAUUGGCGUCUGGAUUGCGCUUGGCCCAUCGUUUAAAUUCAGCAAUACCUGGCAACUAUAUGUAAAUACGGCCACGGCCCUCGUAUUAACUUUUACUUCGGUCUUCCUGCAGAACAUCCAGCAAAGCCAGGAAGAUAAGCUAGCUAAGCUUCUAGAGCAAGCUAUUAAGAUUGACAUAGUAAUUGAACAAAAUCUUCGCGCAUUAACUGGUGACCAAAGACUUAAUCCGAUAUUUACAAUACCUGUCCCUACUCGCUCGGUCAUAGAACGCCUUAUUGAUGGUUUCGCCGAUAUAAUGGGCUCAGGUGUUGGUGUAAUUAUUUCCUUGCUCUUCACAGCUGUGUGGGUCGGUGUCGGCCCCAAACUAAAAUUUGAUGACAACUGGUGGCUGAUUAUCGGCACUUUCACGGGACUUGUUGGAUUUAUUGAUGGAUUCGUUUUGCGCUCGCUCUACUAUGGCGAGGAGGUUAAUACCAAAAUCCAAUUCCAGGACCUUGCAGAAGCCGAUAGUGCCGUUCUUCAAAGACUGAAUAUUCCUUACACCCCUCUCGAAAAGCCAAAAAAAGGUCGGGCCGAGAGCAUUUCCCUCAUCAUCAGCGAUAUUUGUGGACAUCGAUACGCCUCUAUUGGUUCGGUUGGAGUUGUAAUUGGACUUUUGGUGGCUGCUUCAGCUAUGCUCUGGUCUGAAACAGCCCAGUUACUGUGCAACACGCCAACCAUGAUCGUUGAAGGAUUUUUACUGCUCGUGCUCAUCCAGGCUCACAAUCACACCAAUGACGAGAGAAAGAGCGACUUUGGCGGCUUACUCAAGAGGAAGCUCCUGUUACAAGAAUUUAUACAAACUUUAGAUUAG